GGAGAGGAAUGUAAUAAGCAUCCUAAACAUCUCUCUUGUUUUGUUUAAGAAAAAAAUAUGUCAAACACUCCUUAUAUCAAUGCUGCAUUUCGUUCAUCAAGAGAAUACGAAGUGUAUUUCUUCGCGAAGAACAAGUACGUGCGGUUGCAUUACACUCCCGGGAAAACAGAUGAUAAGAUUUUGACUAAUCUGCGUUUGAUUAGUAGUGGUUUUCCAUCACUUGCAGGAACGCCAUUUGCAGAACCUGGAAUAGACUGUUCCUUUCACACCGAAGCGAGUGAAGCAUAUGUGUUCUCCGGCAACCACAGUGCCUACAUAGACUAUGCUCCAGGUACAACUAAUGACAAGAUCCUCGUAGGUCCGACCACAAUUGCUGAAAUGUUUCCUGUCCUGAAAAACACGGUGUUUGAAAACAGCAUAGACUCUGCAUUCAGAUCAACCAGAGGAAAAGAAGUUUACUUAUUCAAGGGCAAUAAGUAUGUUCGCAUAGCGUAUGAUUCGAAGCAGCUUGUUGGCAACAUUCGCAACAUCGGUGAUGGGUUUCCUGUUCUGAAAGGUACGAUCUUUGAAAAUGGAAUCGAUGCGUGUUUUGCUUCUCAUAAGGAGCCUGAAGCUUAUCUUUUCAAAGGAGAGAACUAUGUUCGAAUCAAUUUCACCCCAGGUGCCACUGAUGACACUCUUGUGGGUGAUAUCAGGCCUAUCCUCGAUGGUUGGCCUGUUCUGAGAGGCAUUUUCCCUGUCAGCUGAACAAGGUUUCACUUUCAUGCAUCGACCACCUUAGCCUCGUCAGAAUAAACAAUAAAUGGUCUCAUAAUAAUAUGUUACCAAUAAGGCUUCCAUUGCCAAAGUUUGUUUCUUUCACUUUGAUGUAACAUUAGGAUUGGAAGCCUGUUUCUUUUCCUAAUGUAACAAGUCUUUGUGUUUCCUUUCCUGUACGUGGAUGUUUCAAGUUUGUUUCCUAUCAUCAUGUAAUCUCUGCACUUAAUAAUGAAUAAAAGUGGGUGGUUUUGUUUAA